AUGGGAGUUGGAGGUCCAAUUCCAUUUUUCAUCUUCAACAUGUCCUCUCUUACAACAAUCUAUCUAGAAGGCAAUGACUUAUUUGGGAGUCUUCCCAAGGAUACAUGUCAACAUCUUCCUCUACUUAAUCUUGGUCAAAAUAAGCUCAUAGGAGGGAUACCCAAAAGUGUCGGAAAUGGUACUCUACUUAAGGGGUCGUAUCUUGCCCCAAAUUACUUGAAAGGCAAUCCAUUGAAUGAUAUUCUUCCAAGUUAUAUUGGCGAUUUCUCUACAGCACUUGAAGAUGUUGUUCUAGAACAUUGCGAACUUGAAGGAGGCAUUCCCAUCAAAUUGUUUCCAACAACCUUGUGGAGCCUUACUUAUAUCUUGGAGAUCUACCUAAAUUUAAACUCUUUUAUUGUCUCCCUUUCUUCAGAAAUUAGAAGUUUGAAGGUCCUUACCAGAAUUGGUUUGUCAGGGACUCAACUAUCUGGUAAUAUGCCCAGUAGCAUUGGAGGACUACAAGAUCUCCGUUAUCUCUCACUUGUAGAAAAUGAUUUAAUUUGGGGCAGUCCGAUUCCAGAAUCACUUGGGAGCAUGACUAGCUUGGUUACUUUGAAUCUCUCUAGCAAUAACCUCUCUGGAGUGAUUCCAAAGUCGGUGGAGGAACUUUCAUGUCUCAGCUCUUUCAAUGUCUCUUUCAGUAAGUUAUAA